ACAGAGUUGUUAAUCACGGCAUGAUAAAAUAAAUGAUAAAAAUUAUCAUGAAUCACGGAUUGACUGUUGUUGUAGACUGUACACAUUAUGUACGUUGUAUGUAACUAAAUUGCUAUAAAAUGGAUUUAAAAUGCGUGGCCACCAUUAACUGUGAGCAAGGAGCCAUACGCGCUGUUCGAUUUAAUGUGGACGGUGAAUAUUGUUUAACAUGCGGUAGUGAUAAGAAAAUAAAACUAUGGAACCCGUAUAAGGAAUUAUGUUUGAAAACAUAUGCAGGCCAUGGCGAUUGUGUAAUGGAUACUUGUGGUUCAUGCGAUAGCAGCGAGUUGGUGUCAUGUGGAGCUGAUAAAUCUGUUGUUAUAUGGGAUGUAUCUGAUGGAAGAGUUAAGAGAAGAUUACGACAACAUGCUGCUACAGUGAAUUGUGUCAGGUACAAUGAAGAUUCUUCAGUUGUGGUGUCUGGAUCAAAUGAUAACACUGUUUGUUGUUGGGAUACUAGAAGUCGUAACAAUAGUCCAAUCCAGGUUUUAAAAGAAGCUAAAGACAGCAUUACCAAUGUUUUAGUAAUUGGUCAUCAAAUUUUAACAGGUUCCUUAGAUUGUUUUUUAAGAAUUUAUGAUAUAAGAAUGGGUAAUUUAGAUGCUGAUUUUAUUGGAAAGCCAAUAUCAUGUAUCAGCUCAACACAAGACAAUAUGUGUACAUUAGUAAGUUGUACAGAUAGUACUUUGAAGCUAAUGGAUAAACAAAAAGGAGAAUUGUUGAAUGAGUACACAGGUCAUACAGUUGGUGAUUAUUUCAUAGAAAAUUGUGUAUUUCAUAAUGACAGUACAAUAAUAAGUGGAUCAACAUGUGGAAAUCUAUGGUGUUGGGAUUUUGUGAGUGCAAAACUUAUAGAAAAAUUGAAGCAUAAUAAUAAGGGUUCAUUCACACAAUCUGUAAAUUCAAUUUGUACACAUCCUUCUAAAAAAGUAUUAAUUACAUCAUGUGGGCCUUGUAUUUAUCUGUGGUCUGAAUAAAUGUUUAUAAAUUUAUA